AUGGGAGUCGUUCCAGAGUUGCCAGUGGGUUCCUGCAGUCGAGCCAUGCCAGUAAUUGGCAUGGGCACAUCGGUUGAUCCCCCAAUUUCUGCGGAAGCCAAAAAAUCAGCAUUUCUCGAAGGAAUCAAGAAUGGUUACCGUCAUUUUGAUACAGCCUUCAUCUAUGCAUCGGAGCAGCCUCUUGGCGAAGCAAUUGCAGAAGCUUUACAGUUGGGUCUCAUCAAAUCCCGAGAUGAGCUCUUCAUCACUUCCAAGCUAGGUUUUGACUUCGCUGAAAGACACCUUGUUGUCCCUGCCAUCAAGAUGAGCCUCCAGAAUCUUCAACUGGAAUAUCUUGACCUGUUUCUGAUACAUUGGCCAUUGAGGCUGAGCCCAGGAGUAUGGGAAUUCCCAACUCCAAAGCAACACAUACUUCCAAUUGACAUGAAGUCGGUGUGGGAAGGCAUGGAAGAGUGUCAGAAUCUGAGUCUCACCAAGGCCAUUGGAGUCAGUAAUUUCUCUCCUAAGAAACUUGAAGAGAUCCUUUCCUUUGCCAAGAUUCCGCCGGCGGUCAAUCAGGUGGAGAUGAAUCCAUUUUGGCAGCAGAAGGAUCUGAGGGAGUUUUGCAAAGCAAAAGGCAUUCAAAUCACCGCUUACUCCCCUUUGGGUGGAGUUGGGACUCAAUGGGGAGAUGAUCGGGUUAUGGGGUGUGAUGUGCUGAAAGACAUUGCCAAGGCUAAAGGCAAAACCACUGCUCAGGUUUCGCUGAGAUGGCUGUAUGCGCAGGGUGUGAGUAUGGUAGCAAAGAGCUUCAACAAGGACAGAAUGAAGGAGAACCUCGAAAUCUUCGAUUGGUCAUUGACUAACGAAGAGUUGAACAAGAUUGAUCAGCUUCCUCAGCGCAAAAGGGUCCUGCUUGCCCCUCUGCUGGGGCCUCACGAUUUAGUUCUGGAGAUUGAUGCAGAGAUAUGA